GACGAGUUCGCUGUGAUGAGAGGCGACCGACGUGUGGCCACUGUGAUAGACUCAAGCUUGAAUGCGCAUUCCAGCCUCCUCGGCCACGACGCAGCCAACAGAGGCCGCCUUCGCUUGACGACAGUUCAGCCAGUCCUCGACAGGAUGUUGAUGCUGAUGUUGGUUCCAACAUGGACACAUCGCGAAGAUUCAGCAUGGCGACGGACGAGGUGGAUGAAUCUUCGUCAUCCUUCUCGGGAGUGACUUCGUAUCAGACUGCAGAUGCUCUUCACAGUACACAGACGACGCUGUCCACCAGUAUUAGCGGCCAGUUUGGAGCUUCCUCUGCAAGCACAAAUUCCAACUCACUCAUCACCGACUCAAUGGCCUCUUACAUGACUCCCACAACGGAAGCACUCGAUCUUGGCUCUGCGUCCAUGCCUUCGGGGGAUCUAACAGGGGACCUCUCACAGUCGCCUUGGAGUCCCAGUUGGUUUGAUCGGGUUCCUCUCCCAGACUCUGCUUUUUCCUUUACUUCACUGGGAUUUACUAGUGCUCUUAGCCCCAACUUCUUCAACUCUGAUCAAUCAUCUGGCUGGCCUGAUGUGGACGGGAAUAACGCCUUGACAGUAUCAAACGUGGACAACAGUCCAAGUAUACAGAGCGUUGCUCGAACCACAAACGAUUCUCAACUUGUUAGUGUAAACGGACAAGGAAGCACUGGACAAAUAGGCGGCACAGGAUACAAGCCGGCGUUUGCUUUUUCCCCACCACUCUUAUCAGAUUCCCAACAAGAGCUGCUGCUGCGAACGUUUGAGUGCGCAAUCCAGCCUCCAGCCUCGCUCGCCGGCAUCCAUCCGCUGGGCUGGCCCAAGAUCAAGCAGUACGUGCUUCACAUGGCCAAUGGUAAGCACAAUUCAAUCGAAUACGGAGCCGUCAUGCAUGCCCUUGCAGCUCUCAGUGCUAUGCUGUUCGAGCCUAGCCGGCCUGCCGCUCUGGCUGCGUUGGGCAGUCGUGUGUCUACUUGCCGCGAUGACUUUGGUCUCUUAUCCCUAAGACUACACGACGUUGCCUGCGUGGCACUCAAACUGAGUCUUUCGCAUGCUGGAUGGGAGGAGCGAAGCAGCCGAGCGUUACUGGUCGUCAUAUUUUUGCUGGCUUGGUUUGAAACCGCCUAUGACGGGAAUGAUCAGGUCCAUCCCAGCUUCCCCGAAGAUAUGGCCGAGCAAGUUAUUGUCAACGGUCGGGGCUGGGAUACAGGCUCUGCUAGUCUCUUCCAGUGGCUUGAUUCGUUCGACGCCAAGAUGUCUCAUAUGGGCGGCCGCCAUCUCUUAUCAGAUCCGGCCUUGGAAAUUAUAAGAAAGCCACGUCCAAGUGUUGCCGGCUCAGCUACCAUGGAGGUAUCAGACAACGAUGCUCUCGGCAAUAUCGACGGCAUGUCACCUAGUACUGUGUCUACAGGAGAAAGGGGCGUAAACGCCGCUACAAAGGCUCGUAAUAGUGGCUCUAGACUGACUACGCUGCUGACCGACCCGCCCACAAUACCUAAGAAUGUAGUGUGUAUGGGUGUUUUCAACAUAUUACUGCAGCCGGCCUUCGAAUUUCAUAUGGCAUCACAAGCAUAUUCGCGACGUGUUGGCUGCCACGAUCGCCACCACCGCUCACGUGGGACUCCUGAAGAUGAGAUGGAGGUGAUGAAAGCAUGUAUGGGCUUUGAAGAAGAGUUGGAGGAGCUCUGGCGACGUCGUCCCAGCAUUCUUGAUCUAGAUGCUUCACAGCUGCGGCUUUUUGUCAGUGAGAAUAUUGCUCGCAGGCUGGAGCAGCUGUUCAGCGUCUAUAUUGCCACUUUUUGGGCACACUUCAUAUAUAUACACCGUGUCGCCUAUUGGACUUUGCAGCACACGGCCAUUGCUCGCAAGGCUCUGAAACAAACAGGCAAUAUGAUGCGCCGCAGUGUCGGCCAACCUAUACAUCAGCACGCUUUUGACGCGAGCAUCCCACGCACAGCCUCUACUGCUAUUCAUCCAGGCUUAAUGUGGGUAUGCUUCUUAUUUGGCUGUGAGGUGUCCGACCCCGUGCAGCAGGAAUGGGCGGUGUUGCAGCUUCGAGCUCUCGGUCGGCUAAGUGGCAUGACCGGUCAACGACCGAACUCCGGGUUUGAUAGUAAUGAGGGAGACGGGCUGCCUAUCGGAGGACUGGACCAAAAGGGGGCGCAGACGGCUCUCAAAGUGGCGCGUCUUCUGGAAGUGAUUAUCGAACGCCAGACCAAGCUGGGCGCCCGUGUGGACGGCAAGUACUUGAGCCAGGAAAUCUUUGGCUGCCAUUUUUAUAUCAUAUAAUGAUAUAAUGCUAUGUAAUAGAGCCACGUGGCUAAAUCUAGCGCAAACCUAUAGUGAUGGUUACCGGAGACAAACAGAGUUUUGUGUUGCCGAGUAGAGACAGCCG